AUGGCUUCAAUAUUACAAACUUCAGUUAUAACUUGUUGUUCUUUAUCAUCCUCAAAAAGAGUUAUUAAUGCAGCUAUCCAUCUUCCCAAACUACCAAAUAUUUCAUUGCCACCAACAAAGAUACAAACCAGCAGAAAACAACAACUUAAUCAUCAACAAUUAAUACUAGAAAACAACAACAAAAACAACACAAAAAUAUUACAUGAUCCACAACAAGAGAAUUCUACGAAUUCUAAUGAUACAAUUCAACUCUAUGCAGUGUUAGAAGCUGUAUCCGACAGAGUUGAAAUGCAUCAAAACAUUGGUGAGCAACGUAACAACUGGAACAGCCUUCUCUUAAACUCAAUCAACAUGAUUACUUUAGCUGCUACAACCAUGUCUGGUGUUGCUGCUGUAGCAAGUGGGGAAGGUGCGCCACUUUUGGCUAUGAAACUAUCUUCUGCUCUUCUUUUUUCUACUGCAACUGGAUUAUUGCUUAUCAUGAACAAAAUCCAACCCUCUCAACUCACAGAGGAGCAAAGGAAUGCUACAAGACUGUUCGAACAACUUCAGACACAAAUCCAAACUACAAUUGCUGUUGGAAAUCUUUCUGAGGAGGAUGUGAAGAGUGCAAUGGAGAAGGUUUUGGCACUUGACAAAGCUUUUCCACUUCCACUAUUAGGAGCAAUGCUUGAAAAGUUCCCUGCAAAAUUUGAGCCUGCAGUUUGGUGGCCUUCCAAAAAAGGAAACUCACAAAGCAAGAAAAUGGGAAAAAUGAAUAAUGGAUGGAGUGAAGAACUAGAACUGGAAAUGAGGGAAGUUGUUGAAGUGAUAAAGAGAAAAGAUGCCGAAGAUUAUGACAGACUUGGAAACAUAGCAUUGAAGGUAAACAAGAGUUUGGCAAUUGCAGGACCAUUCCUCACAGGAAUUGCAGCUAUUGGAUCUACUUUUAUAGGUAAUGGUAGUCCUGUGGCUGCUUUUGUUCCUCUCUUGGCUGGUUCACUGGCUUCUGCAAUUAAUACUUUCGAACAUGGUGGCCAAGUUGGGAUGGUUUUUGAAAUGUAUAGAGGCUCUGCUGGUUUCUUCAACUUGUUAGAAACCUCAAUAGAAUCAACUUUGAGUGAGAAAGAUUUAGAGAAAAGAGAAAAUGGAGAGUUGUUUGAAAUGAAGAUGGCUUUGAAGUUGGGAAGAAGUACAUCAAAUCUGAGGGAACUUGCAUCGAAAUCAGCUUCUUAUAGAAUGGAAGGUGUUGGUGACAUGGAUGAAUUUGCCAGCAAAAUAUUCUCAGACAUCAAUUAA